AUGACGUGCUCGCCUGAAUACAUCAAAUACUGGACAACACUUCCCGACCAGCGCCCAAAGUACCAACCCGAACCCCAGUUGGAGGUCUCAGUAUGUCGAUCAAUGGAGGAAACUAAGGGUCCUUCAGAUGGUGAGGCUGACAUACGCAAGCCAGGGGCUUCGGCGAAUCUGCACGCCACUGUGCAGGAGGAAGGUACGAAAACCCGAGGCAACGGAAUUGCCUCGUCACUCGACAACCUGAUCGAACACCAGGAAUCGACCGCGCCAGAUGGGAAGAAAGGAGACGAUGAUAACGCCAAUAUCCAGACUCGCAAAACGCGGAGACGCACAUAUGUCCUCGGACCAGGCGGGCAUGCUUCCGGCUGA